CUGUGUUCCGUUUUUACUGGCAGUACUGAAAAUUUAUAGUUCAUGUCACCUAUACUAUACAUUUUCAGUACUGGCAGUUAAUAUCGGAACACAGCCCUAGUACUGACAGUGAAUUUACGAACGCAGACUCUGUCAAGGUACGACUUCUCCCUAGAGAAGAAGGAAGAAAGGCUUCUUUUCCGGUUGUGAAUUGCACGGAACACGAUGGGUAAACCCAGAGGUCUUCGCACUGCACGUAAGCACGUGAACCACAGACGCGAACAGCGAUGGAAUGAUAAAGACUACAAAAAGGCACACUUGGGAACCAGAUGGAAGGCUAAUCCUUUCGGUGGCGCUUCUCACGCCAAAGGCAUUGUCUUGGAAAAAGUAGGAGUAGAAGCCAAACAACCCAAUUCUGCCAUUCGUAAGUGCGUCAGGGUACAGCUGAUCAAGAAUGGAAAGAAGAUUACAGCCUUCGUGCCAAGGGACGGUUGCCUCAACAAUAUUGAGGAAAACGACGAAGUUCUAGUGGCAGGUUUCGGUCGUAAAGGUCAUGCCGUCGGUGAUAUUCCUGGAGUACGAUUUAAGGUGGUAAAGGUUGCAAACGUUUCCCUACUUGCUCUUUACAAAGAGAAAAAGGAGCGACCUAGAUCUUAAGUUAUCAAUUACUCCACCAGAGAUGUAUUUGACAAAUAUAAACAUAUAAGUUAAAAAUCCA